UGUACUCGCUCUAGUAAUCAAUGAAACGUCAGAGGGUAGUAUUGCAUUAUUACCUAGUACAUAGUGCAUAGAAUCACAAUUUAUGAGAAUGAUUUUCAUUCACUGUUUUGACAAUUCCUCUUACUGUAGAAAUAGUUUUGUCUGUGUUGUUUGUUAGUCGUUAUUGACAUUUAAGAUGCUGUUAUAUAUAACCAUGACGUUAUCGAAUUUAUUUACAAAGUGAUUGUUGGGGCAAUCAUAACAAACAAUGUUAGAACACAUUUAUCUAAUGAAAUGCUGAUCAUAUUAAUAAAUAUGAGAAAAAUAAGAAAACGUACUGCUUAUGGAUUAAGAUAAGUAAAAAUGAGCGAUUAGGUUAAAUGAUUAACCAUAAGUGUUUUGGAUUUAAAAGUCGAUUAAUUAUUUAAAGUAUGGGGAGUGGAGAGGUUAGCGAAGUUUCAACAAUAUUUCAUCCAAGAAGAUCUCGGAGACCUAGUAUAGUUCUCAGUGAAGAUAUACCUAAUCUUUCUUAUACAAGUCCUGCUCAAGUUUUAUUAGAUUCUUCAGGAACAGAGCAACAAAACUUCAAAAAUAAUAGUGGAUGUGGAGAUUCAGGAAUAGGAUGUAGAUCUAAUGAUUAUGAAAGUGAUGUUGGAAGAAGAUUAGGCAGUGGCGGAGUUGGUAACAUUGGUCAAGUGCAAGGGCAACUUUGUCCGUCGGUAACUUAUCGACAGCGCCAUCGCCUUUCAUUAGCUACUUGUUACUCGUCUUGUUGUGCUGAAUCUGCAAAAAAAAUAUAUUUUGGAGUAUGUGUUACUAUAUGCGUCACUGCAAGCUGGGUUGGAGCAACUCAUUGUAUAAAAUACUUAUAUUUUUAUAAACCCGAAAUAAUAAAGGAUACUGUAACUGAUAAUAAUUCCGUCACAGGACUUCAUCAUGAACAUCUUGUCCCUCAAUACAAUGCUCCGUUCUUCACAACAUGGUUUUGCACCAAUUUUGCAGUACUAUAUUUUCCAAUUUAUCUUUUAUGCCAAGCCACUACAAGAAAAUGUUCAAAUCCUUCUGAAAUAAUAGCUGAAAGCUUCCGAGGUUUUCGAGAAAAAGGGUUGACUGGAGGAAGAUUUUUAACCAGGUGUAGCCUAUUUUGUGGACUUUGGGUUGCAACUAAUUACAUGUAUAUUCAUUCUCUACGAAUUCUGUUUGCCACAGAUGUAAUGGCACUUUUCGCUACAAACGUAGCAUGCGUUUAUCUCUUAUCUUGGGUUAUUCUUCAUGAACAAUUUGUUGGAGUAAGAAUUGUAGCAGUUAUUCUCUGUGAUACAGGGAUAGCUCUUUUGGCAUAUAUGGAUGGAAUAACUGGAAGUCCAACCCUUUCUGGUGUUGUACUUGCUGCUGCAGCUGCUGCUGGAUCAGCUGUUUAUAAAGUAUUAUUCAAGAAAGUAAUAGGUGAAACAACGUUUGGCCAAGUUUCACUAUUUUUCUCAAUAAUCGGUUUAUGCAAUGCAGCAUUACUUUGGCCAGUUUGUUUAGCUCUCUAUUUUUCGGGUGCAGAAACAAUCUAUUGGGCCAAAUUACCAUGGUCUUCAUUACUUGCUGCCAGUAUUCUCCAUUUAAUUUCUAACAUGUUGGGGAAUUUUAGCAUUGCGUUGACUUAUGACCUAUUCAUCACACUAGGCUUAAUAACAGCUAUACCUGUUUCAGCUGCAUUAGAUGUUGUUUUGUAUGGCGCUCACUUCGUUGGAAUGAAGUUGGCAGGAAUGAUUCUAAUUGCAAUUGGAUUUUUCCUGGUGAUGUUUCCUGACAAUUGGCCUGAAUAUAUCACACGUUUUCUUCGUACACAUCCGAAGAAACGAUGCAGGACUAUCAAUAGAAGCAGGAAACCAUCUUUUCAACAGCGUAAUUUUCGAAGGAACUAUGGAGUUUCUGCAGCUCACGGAGAUGGGCAAACACUCCUUCCACUUCCUGGACACAACCAAAUCAACUCGCCCCAUCUUCAAAAUUCAAACAACCCCUUGUCAUCAACCCCUGAACUUACAAGUCGAGCCCCUACUUCAACAACAACUUCAAUACCAACCAAUAUUAGCAACUUCCACCGCUCACUCGCCGGCUCUCAAGUUCAAGGUGGAGCAGGAGACAUAGACAUGGCAUUCCAGGUGGUGCAACUCGCGACAUAAUUGAUUAUCGAACAGGAUACAUAAAAUCUCAUCUUCGAUCUCCAUCAGGAAGAGUUCGGUGACUAAUUUCAACAAUACAGUACAUACAUUUCUUGAAUAAAAAUUUUUGGAACGUGUCAAAAACAUUUUGUGUUUUAAUAAUUGAU